AUGGCAGACACACCCUCUGUGGCAGUACAGGCCCCACCGGGCUAUGGUAAGACGGAGUUAUUUCAUCUCCCCUUGAUAGCACUGGCGUCUAAGGGCGACGUGAAAUAUGUGUCGUUUCUGUUUGUACCGUACACAGUGUUGCUUGCUAAUUGCAUGAUCAGGUUGGGCCGACGCGGUUGCUUGAAUGUGGCCCCUGUAAGAAACUUUAUUGAAGAAGGUUACGAUGGCGUUACUGAUUUAUACGUGGGGAUCUACGAUGAUCUUGCUAGCACUAAUUUCACAGACAGGAUAGCUGCGUGGGAGAAUAUUGUUGAGUGCACCUUUAGGACCAACAACGUAAAAUUGGGUUACCUCAUUGUAGAUGAGUUUCACAACUUUGAAACGGAGGUCUACCGGCAGUCGCAAUUUGGGGGCAUAACUAACCUUGAUUUUGACGCUUUUGAGAAAGCAAUCUUUUUGAGCGGCACAGCCCCUGAGGCUGUAGCUGAUGCUGCGUUGCAGCGUAUUGGGCUUACGGGACUGGCCAAGAAGUCGAUGGACAUCAACGAGCUCAAACGGUCGGAAGAUCUCAGCAGAGGUCUAUCCAGCUAUCCAACACGGAUGUUUAAUCUAAUCAAGGAGAAAUCCGAGGUGCCUUUAGGGCAUGUUCAUAAAAUUUGGAAGAAAGUGGAAUCACAGCCCGAAGAAGCACUGAAGCUUCUUUUAGCCCUCUUUGAAAUUGAACCAGAGUCGAAGGCCAUUGUAGUUGCAAGCACAACCAACGAAGUGGAAGAAUUGGCCUGCUCUUGGAGAAAGUAUUUUAGGGUGGUAUGGAUACACGGGAAGCUGGGUGCUGCAGAAAAGGUGUCUCGCACAAAGGAGUUUGUCACUGACGGUAGCAUGCAAGUUCUCAUCGGAACGAAAUUAGUGACUGAAGGAAUUGACAUUAAGCAAUUGAUGAUGGUGAUCAUGCUUGAUAAUAGACUUAAUAUUAUUGAGCUCAUUCAAGGUGUAGGGAGACUAAGAGAUGGGGGCCUCUGUUAUCUAUUAUCUAGAAAAAACAGUUGGGCGGCAAGGAAUCGUAAGGGUGAAUUACCACCAAUUAAGGAAGGCUGUAUAACCGAACAGGUACGCGAGUUCUAUGGACUUGAAUCAAAGAAAGGAAAAAAGGGCCAGCAUGUUGGAUGCUGUGUCUGCUGA